AUGCCGAGGCACGUAGUUCCUCCAUCUAAACUUCUAUCAGGCUCAAUUAUGCCACCGAUCUUGGCUGCCGAUGGAGAUUUAUCGGUUCUGUAUGCACAGGAAGAGGGAAGGCCUUGUGAGUAUAUGGACUUCCAAGUUGAUAUCGAUGAGAAAAAGAGAUCUAUCGUGGCUGAUAGGCUGAUUGAAGUGCACCACAACUAUGAACUACUGCCCGAGACUUUGUAUCUCACGUUUCAGAUACUCGAUCGGUACCUAUCGAAGGAGAGAGUGUUGGGGACGGAAUUACUUCUCGUGGGAGUGAGCGCUCGGAAGGUACAUAUAAGCUGUCUUCUAACUCAGGUUCUUUUACUUCCUUUCCCUCUCAUGAUGAGCCGAGAAACUUGCAUGCUGAUCGUGCCUUGUGUUCGGAACGUAGACUACGGUGAAGUAUCAUAUCAUGUAUAUACCAAGGAGCAGAUACUGGCCAAAGAGAAGGCAAUCGCGAAGGCACUCGGAUGGAACCUGUCUGUUCCCACGCAGUAUGUAUUUCUCGUGCGCUUCCUUGAAAGCAGCCAUGUCCGAUAA